CUUAAAUUUGCACCACGGCAUUUGCCUUCGAUGAUGAACAAGACAGACAAGCGCGCUCUGUAUGUUGGCGGUCUGGACAACCAGGUGACGGAGCAGGGGUUGUACACGGCUUUCGUGCCAUUCGGACCUAUCAAGAGUGUGCAGAUCCCCUUAGACUACCACACGCAAAGAGGAAAAGGCUUUGGGUUUGUGGAGUUUGAGGACGAGGCGGAUGCUAGAGCAGCUAUUGACAAUAUGGACGAGUCGGAGCUUUUUGGAAGGACUCUGCGAGUCACUAUAGCUAAGCCAGACCGACCGAAACUUGGAUCCGACAAACCAGUGUGGGCGGAAGCGGACGAAUCUAUGGAUGCCGAAGAUCCCGUCGAGGGCGGGGAUAGCGGUAAAACACAGGUAUAACGGUACACUGAAUCAAUCGUGUUGAAUUCAAUGAUGUCUUCCGCGUUGUUGCUGUCGUCGUCCGCAUUAUGGAGGCAUCAAAGUGGAUUUUAGCAAAUUUUACAGCGGAAUGUAACUGUGAGAAGUGAUGGAGGGUGUCGUGCUGAUUGUCACUGCAGUUCGGGACGAUAACAAGCAUGAGACCAUCUUCCAGACGAAACAGGCCCAUAUCAUUCUCGAAACCAUCCAUUACAACAGCAUUCGCUGCCGAUAAGUUAUAUACUCUCGUUACUACUGCGAUCUCUGUUUAACACCGAGGCAAAUGCACUCACCUGCUAAAGUAAGUGGAGGAGCUUAUAACCAUAAUACGGCAGAAAACGAUUUUAGUGAUUGGCAUGUGACAUUGUACGCUU